AUGGAGUCCGAUUCUACAACAAACAACGUUGAUCAUUAUUAUGUUGCCAGGCGUAGGAGAAGACUAAUAUUAUCGUCAAGGAGGCGCUCACGUCAUGGUGUACACACUCAAUGUCCUAUCAUCCCGGUGCAUCCGAGCAGUAGUACGAUUCCAAACUUGCAUUCUGUGGAUGAUGUUGUACCAAACUUAUCUUCGGGACAAAACCACUCAUACGAAACCCCUAUGACCAGUACUUAUCAAGGCUUAGAAAAUUCCGUUUACGCGUCAAUGGCCAGAAAGAAGAGAAGAAUAACAUUGUCCAACAAGAGGACUACACCUAAUAAUGUAAACAAGGAAAAUAUCUGCCUGACCGGAGAAUCUGUUUUAACAAGUAUUCAAACACCGUCUUCCGGUUUGCGUUUACCGCUUACAUGUAAUCUUUCUAACUUCAUGCACACAGCCCCCUUCAACCAAACUGAGACACCUAUUUGCAACACUGACCAGCCAUCUACUUCUGAAGCACCUGCCAUCAAUCAUGCCACGCCUUCCAAUUUGACCCCAACAGCUCAUUAUUCAAAUGAUGCAAAUUCUGAUUCUCAAGAUGAUUUGAACAUCUGUAGUGGUUCUGAUGCUGAUGAACAGGUUGAUAAUGAACCUUCAGUUGAUUCUCAUCUCGAAGAAUACUCUGAUGUAGGAGAUCGAGCUUGGGAAUGUCCUUCAUGUCACGCAUCUAUGUGGUACCAAGAACGCAUAGGCAAUACAAGGCAUACCACUGUUCCAAAGUUCACACGGUGCUGCAGAAGUGGAAAAGUUGUUCUUCCGCUGUUGAACGAUCCUCCGCGGGCGCUUCAACAUCUUCUACAUAAUGGAAGUCGUGCAGACAGUAAAAACUACCAAACCAACAUUCAAACUUACAAUGCUAUGUUUUCCUUCACUUCACCUGGAAUGAAAUUUGACAAUACUGUUGCGGAUGGAGGAGGGCCGCCGACUUUAAGACUGCACGAUCAGACCUGUCAUAGAAUAGGUACAUUAAUCCCGGAAGAUGGAAGACCGCAAUAUGAGCAACUAUAUAUUUAUCACACAAACAAUGAAGUUGAUAACCGGCUGAAGUGUUUCGGCGACAGCCCAGUUAUCAAGAGGGAUAUUGUCUCGACUCUGCAAGUUAUGUUAGACGAAUGCAAUCCACAUGCAAAGGCUUUUCGGAUGGCGAGAGAUCUGUUGAAAGCCAACGCUUUCUUGGACUUGAAGCUACGCCUAAUCAGCGAUAGACACGAAGAUGGACGUGUUUACAACAGACCGACUGUCUCAGAGGUUGCUGCUCUUAUUGUUGGCGAUAUCGAUCCUAACACCCCAAGAGACAUUAUCCUUCACGCUCGUGAUGGACACUUGCAGAAAAUUGAUGAGUUUCAUCCGGCUUAUUUGGCUUACCAAUAUCCUUUAAUAUUUGUUUAUGGCGAGGAUGGAUACAGGAAAGAUAUUCUUCACAGAUAUGAGCAUGAAGAAGAGGUUACCAGAAAAAUCGUCAAUCCAUCAGAGAUUGGCUAUCAUUCCGAUUACAGGAACGUCGUUCAGAGGCAAAGACAUUACUUCAUUCAAGAAGGCUAUUUCAGCAGUUUUUAG